AACGCUUCCUCUGGGUCCCUUCCACCUGUCCCGCUGGUCCUUUCCAUCCUGGCCCAGACUGGGUGAAGCCCCUCCCGGAGGCUGCCCUGGUACCCCGCACCCUUCCAACUCACAAUAACCCCACCCCCCCCUUUCCUUGGCUGCGGCGAAAACCGGGAGCCCUGGAAUCCGCACAGGGAAACUCCGGUGCGUGGCUCCAGCCCGGAGCACUGGGCAUGCUCAGUGAGCUCGGGCAGGUUUUUGGUCGCUAGCAGGAAGCUUUUUUUGCACCACAUUCAUCGGCUGCCAGGGGAAGGAGCCGCGGUUACGUGGUCGCCGCGGCAGCCGCUGCCCUUGUAGGGGGUGGGGGGCCGCCUGUCACCGCACGGCAUAACGCAGCGCAGCGCCGCGCCGCGCCCGGCCAGACCUUCCUAGCAGCCUUCUCCUUUCGCCUGCCCGGCCAUGGCCGCGCUCGGCCACCUCUCCACCUUCGGCCGGGUCACCCACGCUGUGGUGCGGGGACUGCCCGAGUCCCUGUGCCAGCACGCGCUCCGGAGCCACAAGGGCGACGAGGUGGAUUUUGCCCGGGCCGAGCGGGAGCACCAGCUCUACGUGGGGGUGCUCAAGAACAAACUGGGGCUGCAAGUGGUGGAGCUGCCUGCGGACGAGAGCCUGCCCGACUGCGUGUUUGUGGAGGAUGUGGCCGUGGUGUGCGAGGAGACAGCCCUCCUCACCAGACCCGGGGCGGUGAGCCGGAGGAAGGAGGUUGACAUGAUGAAAGGAGCAUUAGAAAAUCUUCAGCUCAAUAUCGUAGAGAUGACAGAUGAAAAUGCAACCUUGGAUGGUGGAGAUGUUUUAUUCACAGGCAGGGAAUUUUUUGUGGGCCUCUCCAAAAGGACAAAUCAGCGUGGAGCAGAAAUCCUGGCUGACACUUUCAAGGAUUACGCUGUUUCCACAGUCCCGGUGGCCGAUACUCUGCAUCUGAAGAGUUUCUGCAGCAUGGCUGGACCCAACCUGAUUGCCAUUGGCUCAAGUGAACCUGCACAGAAAGCUCUCAAGAUCAUGCAGCAGAUGAGUGACCAUCGCUAUGACAAGCUGACUGUGCCUGAUGAUGUGGCUGCAAACUGUGUGUAUUUAAACAUCCCCAACAAAGGGCAUGUCUUGUUGCACCGAGCCCCAGAAGAGUAUCCAGAGAGUGCCAAGGUGUUUGAAAAACUGAAGGACCACAUGCUGAUACCUGUCACCAACACAGAACUGGAAAAGGUGGAUGGACUACUCACCUGUAGUUCAAUUUUGAUUAACAAAAAGGUAGACUUGUGAGUCCACAAAAUUCCCUCCUUGUCACUGGCAAUAACGUACAUGCAAGGCAGAUGACUCUGUACCCAGUCUUGUUUUUAUUGACAAUCUACUGUGCCACGAUGCUACUAAUCUGUGUUUACAAAAGUUAAUGCUCAUUUCCAUUCAGUCUCCUCAUUAGCUUCUCCCCCUUCACCCCAGGUGGUAUUUAAACUGUGGAUUUUAUAGCUGAAUCAAUAAGUCUAGGAAAUAGAAGUCUUAACAAACUAUUCAAACUUGAUUGGAGCAAAGAAAAUUCUCAUCUUAAUGACUUACAGAAAAUCUUUUGAGAUGCCAAUAUAUUCAGAAGAAUGCCUUGGUCAGAUAAUCUCAUGUCUCUCUCUCUCUCUCUCUCUCUCUCUCUCUCUCUCUCUCUCUCUCUCUCUCUCUCUCUCUCUCGCUCUCUUGCUCUCUCGCUCUCACUCACUCAUCCCCAUAAAGCAGGACUCCUACAGAAUUCCUUUUCCCAUUUCUCCUCUUUAACAUUUCUUUAUUCUGCCCUCUAAUAAGUUUCACCUCUUUUUGGUAUCUCCAGCACUUAGGACAGUGCCUGACAUGUAGUAGACACUUAAUAUAUGUUUAUUAACUCUAAUAGAUCUAGAGUUGGAAGGGACCUCAGAGGCCAACUAGCCCAAUGCCCUCAUUUUACAGAUGAGGAAACUGAGGCCUUCUUUCUUUGGUUUUGGUUUUUGUUUUUCUUUUUGUCUUCAUGUUUUUCUUUUUCCUCUCACAGCCACCUUGACACUGACUCUGGGCCUCUGGGUAGUAAAGCUUUAGCCAAUACACCACCGUGCAAUUCCACUCUGGCCUCAAUAUGGUCUGCCUCACUAUUACAACUUCUGCCUUAAGAAAUGGGCAAAUGGGCUCUGAAGCAGAAUCACAACCAAAAUCUGAGUGGCAGCUUGGGAAAGCAUUACUAUGCAGGGAUACACCAAGACAGGGCUGGCCCCAGAGAUUCAAAUUCCAGAAGAGUUAGAGGUCCAUACCUAGGCAAGCUGCAACCUAGUCUUCUGAUGAUAACUCAAAUUCCCUGUAUGAAAAUUCAAGCAAUUGUGGCAAGCCUACGUGUUAAUGUGCUAAGUAGAAAUGAGGGGGACCAACAGGAAAUAUCUCAGAAAUACUGGACUAAUUUUGCAUCUUAUAAAUCUUUGUGAGGAUACUUACAUUUGCAUGCUCUUGCCCCAUUGUGAGGCUCCCCAAUACUCCAAUGGAUACAUGAUCUCACUGAGGUAGGUAGCUCCUUCCCCAGUGUAUAAGUCUUAACCCAUUCCUAUAAAACAUUUGUCCAUGUACUCCCAUAAAUCUACUACAGGGAGAUCCAUCUGACACUAUGGGAUUUCCUCUCAUAUGAGAAUCCAAAUCAUUCGGGGAUGUAUUUUUUAAAUAAAGAAAGGUUUCCAUUUCUUUAUUAGUUUCUUGAUUCUGUCCUUCUUGUCUCUCCCAAGAGUCUGUUCAAAAAUAAAAGUAUAUUAUUUCCCCCAAGAGAAGAAUAACACGCAAAAACAAGUGUGUAUUGUAGUGACAUAUAACUCAAAGAAAAUGGAGCAACAUAUUCCUGACAAAGGAAAUAGUUGGCCAGUCCCUACAUGGCUAACUUGUACUUGAGACCAGCUACAUACAAUAGAUGAUUCUGAUUUCCCAACUUCCAUGAAUAUUUGCAAUGGAAUUCAAUUAAAUCCUAUUUCUCCUAUAAUUCUCAAAUUACACAACCUGCAGACUGACUCAGGCGGAACAAAGGAAAAUGUCACAGUGAAGUAAGGAGCCAUUGUCUUUUCAACUCAAAAAAGUCAGCUCCUCCACAGAGGAGGGAAAUGGUACUUUCCAUAGAGUGGUGGCUGGUUUCAACAUGUUAUCAACUUCCUAGUCAUCUCCACCUCUCUUGCCCUAUUUGUGGAUUUGAGGAUAAGGAAGAUUCAGCAAACACUUGUUACAUUCUUAUGCUGUUCAGCUACUCCUUCCUUGCCAACCUACAUGCUUUUACUCAAUCAGCAAAAAAAGACACAUAGCUGUACCCUUACUCAUCCUUGUUUCUUUCACCUAUAUGGAACCACCUGCAAAUACUUUAAUUAGACUCUUGAGUGACCGACCCUCUUAGUAGGGAGUUAGAAGUACCCAACCUUGAUAAACCACCUUAGUAACAAAGUCAGGUUAACCUCCACCUGGGCCUACUUACUGGUCUUCUCUGUUUAGCCCAGAUGAUAUUUCUCCAAAUUCUCAUUACUCAACUUUUUAAUCCUUAUCAGAUCCAGACAUCUCAUCAUGUACAUCCUGUAAAUGAACCAUUUGCUGGUCAUCGUUAUAUUUCAAGCCGUCAGAGAUGAAUAAUCCCCAAUUCAAAUCAAAAUAGGGAAGUACCAAGCCAGGGACAGAAUACUGACCACAUAUUGGGAGAGGCAAGAAGGAACUGAACCCAAUGGAAAUGGUUAACCCCUUCAUGCCAAAUCUGGAAUAGGACUGAUUUUUCAGGAUUUCAUAUGAGGAGAAAAACUUAAUAAGGAAGCUUAGUUUAAAAAAAGUAACUUCUGAUUCUCCAUCCCUAUUAUCACAAUCUGAUGACCCUAUAACCCUGCCUAUUUUUGGUCAACUGGUAGACCAAUAAAAUUCUCCUCUGAACAAUCUAUUACCCAGAUUUUCAUUUUAUAUUUUUUUCUUCUCCCUCUUUCUCUCUUCCUCUCCUUAUAGCUCAAGAAAUCACUAAAAAUUGGGGCACCUCUUCCCAGAGUCUCACACUGAAUUCUUAAAUAUACUUCUAUAUCACACAUUACAUUUUACCUUUUGUGAUGCUCUCUGUGACCUGCUUUUGUGGACAUUUAAAACACACACAAAGUGUAAUAGUAUUUCUUUGAUACCAGCUACAUAUAUGCCCCACACUGAUUGAUGGUAAAUGUCUAAAGACAGAGAAACGGUAAUCAAAACUCCUUUGAUGUAAUCAAGACAGUAUUUUAUUCAAAUAAUAGAAACUUCAGACAGAAUUACUUAACCAGCAAAAUCAAAUCAAAUAAGGGGAAUACAAAGAAAUUUCUUUAUUUCUUCAGGGUUUUUCCAAUUAGGGGAGGUAACUAUAGAAACCAACAAAAACAGGUCUAUUACCAUUUGUUUUGCUCUUUUUUAGCUACUGUGAACAGAAUAUUAAGGCCAUCUCUUCACUUUAUGGGGAAAAAAGUACUUAGUAGAUGAAUAAUGUAACUUGUAUAGAGUUGCACGUAAAUCUUUAUAAUUAUUUGCCAUUUAGCCAAUCAUUGUUGUACAGCUUGCAAAUAGGAUUCCAACAUGGCGCUAGAUGUGGUCAGUCUCUCCUGCUGAUCAUGUCCUUCCAGCCAGUAUAUUGUUAGCCUUUUUUGUGUGCCAAAAUCAUAAAUGCCCUAGUCCUUUAGACCAGAGAAAUUCUGCACUGAUUUUAGUCUCUUGCAAUUCCAAUCUUCGAUGUAAACCAGUUAUUAUGGAAUAAAGUGUCCGUUGUGCUGCAAA